AUGUCUCCCCACGUCGUCGAGUCCAGCGACGGCAGCACACUCACUGCUCAGCUAGCAAGCCGCUACUUCCGACCUGGAGGUGUCGUCAAAGGCUUCGUGCAACUCGCAACUCGUCAGCAGAUUUCUGAUGCACGUACGGAGAUAUCAUACGUCAUCGCUCAAGUCCACGGCCAUAUUGCGGUGGAUAGUAAUCUACUGACGCUUCCAGUCGUGCAUUUACAGUCGCCCCUUCGUGGUGCUGCUUCAAACGAUGAGGAACAAUCAAGACUGGACCGUCACAUGUCCAAGCACGAGCUUCUGGGGGACAAUAUCGACGCGUCAUUACCCGAUGUACGCAACUUCUCGGGCGACACGGGCACGUGCAUUUUCCGUUCUGGGCCGUCGGUUCUGCUCUCGGAUUUGAACAUUGCACCGAAUCUUUCAGAGACUGAAGCAAGAACCAUCAAGAAGAGCCAUGGAGCUAGUGCUGAUACUGCGUCUGUGGCUGUUUCACUCGAAGCUGCUCGAGAGGAGACGGCAAAGCGCUGCAUGCGGGAGUUUGCUAUUGCACUGCCCAAGAACAUGUGCCCGAGCUUCCGCGGCACUUCUGCUCGUGUCUUUUAUUUGGUCUCAAUCACAGUGCAAGGUGCAAGUCCUGGGACUAAAGCAGUGUCGAUACACUUGCCAUUUGAUGUCUAUGGCGCCGAGUACUUGUUCGAAGCUAGCACAGUUGCUUGUGCGACUGAUCCAGUAGUGAGUCAAGACACAGACGCUUGUGACGCUGUGGAUGUUGGCAAAAGUACCGAGGCGACGGCUGAUGAGCAGCAGGCUGUAGGUGGCACGACUCGUGUUGGACGACUUGCCUCGUUGGCAGCACUAGCACCUGUUGGAGUGCGUAAAGGAAGCGAGCUUGCGUUCGAACUACGCCCUUCACUCAUGCACGGCCGCGUGGAAACGGAGCUACUGCAGCGUCCACAGACGAGCAUCUUUACAAUUGGCAAAGACAGCAGUCACCUGGUGCGUUUCCUGCUUACAAAACAGUCCUACCAGCCAGGAGAUAUUCUACUGGGUAUGUUUGACUUCACGCGUGCUAGCAUCCCGUGCUACGAAGUAUCAGCGACACUGUGUCUCGAAGAGACUCUUUCUACACGAGCACUUGAGCCCGGACGCGUCGUGCAGUCCAAUGUCUUUGGAAGCUUUCGCGAGCGCACCUUGGGUGUACUGCAGACGAACGCUCGCUUCAGCAUUCCUUACGAUGCACUGCCAACGAUAAACACGGACCUCGUGCGCUUCCAAUGGCUGCUACGCUUUGAGUUUUCAGCAGGGGCUGCAGCAGCUCCGCAGCCGACUCCAAGCACUCGUGCCGCUUCGUCGCGGCAAAUGUUUCAAUGGCACGUACCGAUCGUUGUGCAGCCCGCAGUGGCCACGGACCGCCACCGGCUCGCAAACGUGCCACACAAGCUCUAUUCUGGCAGUACGCGGGUAGCGGACUUAUCAUCGUCGUCGUGA